AUGAAAGACUACAAAUCUCAGCAUUCGUGCAAGGUUUGCAGCGGGAAGCAUCAUUCAUUACUCCAUUACAAUAAUCGGAACAACGAUCAGCAGGAAGCAGACUCUAACAACAGUGCUAAAAUCAAGGCUAACGUUGCUCAUGUGGCCAUCAAGCCAGUACUUGCAUCAAACACGUGCCAAAGUGGCGAGAGAAACAUUCUUCUUGCAACCGCGCAGGUUAUAGUUAUAGAAUCAGAUGGCCAACAUACGCGUGCUCGCGUUCUCCUCGAUCAAGGCUCUGAGGCGACGUUCAUAUCAGAAGCACUUGUUCAAUCGCUUCGCCUAUCAAAGAGUCGUGUUGAAACAAACGUAAUCGGCGUGAGAGGUUGUAACGCGGGUUGUAUCAAAUCGGCGACAUGCUUCACGCUGCAAUCGCAAGUCGAUCCUAGUUUCAAGCUGGAAGUUAAUGCUUUCGUGUUACCGCGACUUACUUCUGCAUUGCCUUCUCGAAAUUUUGUCAAGUUCAAUUUGCACCAAUUUCAACAAAUAUCGCUUGCAGAUCCUGAGUUUCAUCGGUCCAGCCGUGUCGACAUUAUGAUAGGAGCCGAUCUUUAUGGUCAGCUACUUCGCUCGGGUGUGCAAAGCUUUCCUCGUAUAUUAGCAGUUGCUCAGAACACGGCGCUAGGUUGGGUAGUUUCAGGCCCUACGCACGACAGUACGUCACGGCGGGCGGUACCGAUUAACCAUGCCAUAAUCAAGGCGCUACGCUGUGAAGUGAACGACGACCUGAGCGAAAUAAUCCAGAAAUUCUGGACCAUUGAGGAAGUGCCGAUCACUACCAACUUCCAAAAGUCAGCAGACAAAGAAUGCGAAAGACUCUUCGCCGACACACACACACGCGAGCGCGACGGUCAUUUAAAAGUACGUCUUCCAUGCAUCGGCAAACUGCCGAGUAUAGGCGCGGCAACGCGUCAUAUAGCGCUUGGCUCUCUCAAGCACCAACAUCGGCGAUUUUUGAACGAUUCGAAAUUAGCAAAUGCGUACGCCGAAUUUAUGGACACCUAUCUCAAACUCGGCCACAUGGAACGCGUUCCGACCACGGAGAUAAAUAACCCACAAGCUUGGUACUUGCCCCAUCAUGCGGUUAUCACUCAUACUUCUCGACAAUCAAAAAUCCGCGUGGUUUUUGAUGCUUCGCGUAAAACACACGAUAAGCAGUGUUUAAACGAUUUUUUUAUAGCCGGUCCACCACACCAAAACGAUCUGUUUCUGAUCCUCUUAAAUUGGCGUCGAUACCGUUAUGCAUUCACCGCGGAUAUCAUUAAGAUGUUCAGGUAG